UCUCUGCAGAGUAAAGAUGGAAAGACCCCCCUCCACAUGACGGCCAUCCACGGACGCUUCUCCAGAUCUCAAGCCAUCAUCCAGAAUGGUGCUGAGAUCGACUGUGAAGAUAAGAAUGGAAACACACCCCUGCACAUCUCUGCUCGCUACGGCCACGAGUUACUCAUCAAUACACUCAUCACGAACGGCGCUGACACAGCCAAACGAGGCGUCCAUGGGAUGUUCCCCCUCCACCUGGCUGCUCUCAGUGGUUUCUCUGACUGCUGUCGAAAGCUCCUCUCAUCAGGCUUUGAUAUAGACACCCCUGACGACUUUGGAAGGACCUGUUUACAUGCUGCAGCAGCUGGAGGGAACCUGGACUGUCUGAAUCUSCUGCUCAACACAGGGGCAGACUUCAACAGAAAGGACAGCUUCGGAAGGAGUCCUCUGCAUUAUGCAGCAGCCAACUGUAACUACCAGUGUCUGUUUGCCUUGGUGGGGUCUGGGGCCAGUGUGAACGACCUGGACAAGAGGGGCUGCACCCCGCUCCACUACGCUGCUGCCUCCGAUACAGACGGAAAGUGUCUGGAAUAUUUGCUGCGAAACGAUGCUAACCCAGGGAUCAGGGACAAUCAGGGCUACAACGCAGUGCAUUACGCUUCUGCAUACGGACACCGCCUCUGUCUGGAGCUGAUUGCARGUGAAACACCUUUAGAUGUACUAAUGGAAACUUCAGGGACAGACAUCCUAAACGACUUUGAUGUCAGAGCUCCCAUCAGCCCUCUACACCUCGCUGCGUACCACGGCCACCACCAUGCUAUGGAGGUCCUGGUUCAGUCUCUGCUGGAUCUAGACGUGAGGGACAGCCAGGGGCACCCUCUGGACCUGGCUGCCUUUAAAGGCCAUGUGGAGUGUGUUGACGUCCUCAUCAACCAGGGAGCCUCCAUCCUGGUUAAAGACUUCACCCUGAAGAGGACCCCCAUCCACGCUGCAGCUACCAAUGGUCAAUCAUCUUGUUUGCGUUUGCUGAUUGGAAAUGCUGACCUCCAGAGUGCAGUGGACGUUCAAGAUGGGAAUGGACAGUAAAACCCCCUGAUGCUGUCGGUGCUGAGCGGACACACAGACUGUGUGUACUCACUGCUCAACAAGGGAGCCAGCGUAGAAGCCAAAGACAAGUGGGGCAGAACAGCUCUACACAGAGGGGCAGUGACGGGUCAUGAGGAGUGUGUGGAGGCCCUGCUGCAGCACAGCGCCAGCUUCCUGGUUCGGGACUGUAAGGGGAGGACCCCUGUUCACCUGGCGGCAGCGUCUGGACACAUCGUGCUGGGGGGGCUCUUACAUGCUGCCCAGUCAGUGGAGACCCUCCCUGUCAUUACAGACAACCAGGGCUACACACCAUUACACUGGGCCUGCUACAACGGCCAUGACACGUGUGUAGAGGUGCUGCUGGAACAGGAGGUUUUCCACAAGACCGAGGGCAACUCCUUCAGCCCCCUCCACUGUGCUGUGAUUAAUGACAACGAGGGGGCUGCAGAGAUGUUGAUUGACACUCUGGGGCCGACCAUUGUCAACGCCACUGACACCAAGAACCGGACCCCCCUGCAUGCGGCGGCCUUCACGGACCACGUGGAGUGUCUUCAGCUGCUGCUAGGUCACAACGCCCAGGUCAACUCCCCCGACGCCUCCGGGAAGACCUCCCUCAUGAUGGCUGCUGAGAACGGACAAACCAACGCUGUCGAGCUGUUGGUGAGCAGUGCCAAAGCAGAGCUCACUCUGCAGGAUGCAGUCAAGAACACUGCUCUUCAUCUGGCCUGCAGUAAGGGGCAUGAAACCAGUGCCUUGUUGAUAUUGGAGAAGAUUACAGACAGGAACCUCAUCAACUCGACUAACGCAGCCUUACAGACGCCGUUACACGUUGCAGCCAGAAAUGGUCUGACCGUGGUGGUGCAAGAGCUGUUAGCGAAGGGUGCUAGCGUGCUCGCAGUCGAUGAGAAUG